AUGGCUGCCACUCCAAUAAAUAUCAAUAAAAAAUUACAGUUGGAAGAUGGUACAGAGAAAACAGAUGCAAGAGCCUUCAAAAGUCUGGUUGGUGGUCUGAUUUAUUUAUCUCAUACUCAUCAUGGUAUAGCGUUUUCUGCUGGUAUGGUUUCGAGGUUUAUGCAGGCUCCUACAAGACAACAUCUUGGAGCUGCGAAGAGAAUCUUGCGGUACAUAUCUGGAACUAGAGUUUAUGAAAGUUGGUAUUCUCAAGUUCCUAAUUUCAGGUUGGUUGAUUUUAGUGAUAGCGAUUGGGCAGGUUUAUUGGAUGACAGAAAAAGUACUUCUGGAUAUGUUUUCAGUCUUGGUUCAGGUGCCAUCGCAUCGAGUUCGAAAAAACAAGUCGUGACAGCACUUUCUUCUUCAAAGGCAGAAUAUGUCGCUGCCACUUCUUCAGCAUUUCAAGCAAUAUGGCAUAGGAGAGUACUUGCCGAUAUGAGUCAAGAGUAG